CGAGCUGCCCGGCCCGGCGGCGGCGGGGGAGGGCGCCUUUCGCAUGGAGCCGCUCGCUGAGUGAGGGCAGCGCGGCGCCGGGCCCUGUGAUGCAGCACUCGUGCGCGGGCAGGCCCCCCUGCUAGGCGCUGCCUGCGCGCUACACACGGGGCGGCGGAGGCGCGGGGCUUGGCCCCGCUCCAUGGAGACCAAUGGCAUCGCUCCCACCCACCCCCACGGGCCCCGAGCCCGCCGGCACGCACAGCCACACGCCUCAACCCACCAUGGCCCCAACGCCGCCGCCGCUCGGGCCCUCGACGAGUGGAAAGGUAGAAGGCCAGCCCAAUGGUGACACAAUCCCAGCUGAGCAAGCCAACCCUUCAGAUGACACUGUUGCUGGUGCUGGGAGUCGUCAGAAUGAUCAGAUAGUGCAGAAAAUAGAGGAAGUGCUCUCUGGAGCCCUUGAUACAGAACUGCAGAGCAAAUCAGAUGUAGACAAAGCUACUGUGAGCAAUAGUACUCAAUCUACAAAAAGAAGCUCUACUGCUGAAGGUGAAGAUGAAAUUCCUAGAAAAAAAUCAAAGAAAAACAAAAAGCACAAAAGCAAGAAGAAGAAGAAAAAGAAGAAGAAAAGGAAGAAAGAGAAAAAGCAUAAAAAGCAGCCAAAAGAGUCAAAGUUGAGUGCACGUCGUGGAGAACAUGCAGACUCACAGACUGCUUCUCACUUGAUUCCAGAGAAAUCAGUCUCCACAUUGAGCGUGCAGCAUGGGGGAUUUGGAGAUACAAAUCUGGCUGUCCAUGUACAGCCACAAGAACUGUCCUUACAGGCAAAUGUGGAGCUUGAUAGACAAGCUUUAGGACUUACUUCUGAGUUGAGAGCUGAUUCUCAGCCACGUAUGGAAAAUCUUGAAAGUGAGAAGGGGACUUUAUGUGCAACAGAUCCUCAGUUUAAUUUAGAAGGCAGCCAAUUUACUAUUCAGCAGAAUGCUAGCAUGACUCAAACUGAAAUUUGCACUAGAGAAGAACAAAUUAAACAGUCUAAUGAAAAUAUUUAUCCUGUAGCUGUUAAUGUGAGUGAAAAAGGUGAUUUUUUUGUUACUGGAAAUGUUGCUUCAGCUAGCGUCCCAUCAGGAGUUGCCAAUAAAUCUGAACUUCAGAAAUUACUUUUACCUUCAGAAGUAAAAGCCUUGGAUACAAGUUUGGCAUCUAAUACCAUGGAAGUAUCGACAUAUUCAGAAGCAUCUCUAAAGUCUAUGGCACUGGGAGGCGCUAAAGAGUUAGAAACAACUUCAGAAUCUCUGUAUUUGACAAGUGAUGUGACCACAAUUCCUAAAUCUGCAAAUCAAGCAGAUCUGAAUACUGUGAAGGUAACUGACAUGUCUGUGGCCAUGGGAGAAGUGAGAAUUCCAGGAGCAACUGAAUUACCAGUUGUAUCUGGUAAUUUGAGAGUGUCACAGUACAGCUCCGUGGAGGGUUCAGGUGUCUUGGCAGCCUCGGAACCUGUAGUUAUGAUGGGAGAUGUGAAAAAUAAAGAUGCAGCUUUGCAACAUUCUUUUAAAGUACCUGCAGAAACUGCUGUGACCCAGGUGGAAAUUGAAAGUGCCAAAACACCCCUGGCACCAGAGGCUGUUCCAGAAGUGAAGGAUAUCGAACCAGUUAGAGUCUCUGUGCAGACGGAAAAUGUGAGACCUUUGGAAGAAGUUCUGGAACCUGUGAUAAAGCCAGAAACUUCAGAAGCAGACGUGGAUGCAAAAAGAACUUCUGCAACGGUGUUGAAUGCUUCAGAAGUGUUAUUGCAGCCUACAUUCUUAACAGGAACGCAAAGCUUGACACGUGGGAAUGUCGUUGCAGAGGCAAAAGGUUUACAAGCAACAUCAGAAUCCGUUGUCCAGACCCUUGUUCCCCAAACAGUUUCAGUUGCUCUGCAGCUGGAAAGUACUAAUGUUUUGAGAGGUUUGGAAGCAACUCCGCAGUCUUUGCAGAAGGAAGACAUGAAAAGAGCGACUUCAUUGUCUUUGCAAAUGGAAAGCAUGAAAGCUUCAGAAGAACCUUCUAGUGGCAGGAUGGAACGAGUUAUGGAGCCUGAGACACUGACAAAAAUGAUGCAUUUGAAAACAGCAGGGAGAGAAACAGCACACAUGGAAACAGUUGCAGUACCUUUUUUUGCAAGCAAAACAGAGAGAUGUAUAGUCUCACAGCCUGAGAUCAUGACAGUUACGAGAGGGUUGGAGGCAACCUCGCAAACUGAAUUUGUAGGGGAGAGAAGGGAUUUUGAAGUAGCCAGAAGUUCUACUGUUGCAGAAUUGAGAGGUUUAGACAGCUUGUCAGAAAUUGAGGCAGUUGUGGAGGUAAAAGGUGCAGAAUCAGGUUCAAAAACUUCAUGCUUAACAGAGAUGAAAAAUUUGGAAAUGACUGUGGGAUCUGAAAUGAGGACACAAGUGCAGGACUGGGGAACCGCACUGAUACCUGAGGCGGAAGAUCUGAACAAAGCAAAAGAAAGGAGCAAAGAAGGAGUACUAGAACCUGUGCAAACAGUGACAGUGAAAACUUCAGAUACAAAUUCAAAACUUGUAUGCUUGGAAGAGUUGGGAACAGCUACAGAGUAUGGGACUGGGAGGAAGUCAAAUGAAAUUGAAACACAACCCAAAGCUGUUGAAGUAGUAGAGUAUUCUAAAACUACUCCAGGAAUUUUGCAGGAGCAAGUAGUAGGCGAUUCAGAAGCAGUAUUAGAGUCUUUCCCAAGAGCAGAAGAAACAGUGACAGAAGUGAGAAACUUGAAAGAAACUUUGCAAUCUGAGAUUUUGACAGAUGUGAUAACUCAGGGAUCUAUUACAGAAUAUAUGGUUACAACAAGGAAGACAGACAGAGAAAAAACUGAGUCUUCAUCUGUGAUUGAUGUAAAAGGUUUGGAAGAAGCUUCAGGAAUUGAGAAAGGAAUGAAAGCAAAAUAUUUGGAGCCAGCAUCAGAAGCUGGAGAAGUGAGGUUGGAAAGUAUGGAAGGAUUUACAGCAGCAGAAGUGAAAGGUUCUGAAACAGUCAAAGAGCCUGAAGUACACAUGGACGUCCAAGAUACGGAAACUUCCCAAAAAUAUGGGAAGGUGGCAGAAGUUCAUGUUUUAGAGGGUGCCUCAGAAGCAUUCACGAUAACAAAACAACAUAUAGAAUCUGUUCCACAAUAUUUGCACACUGAAACGCAAGAACAUGCUCAGACAGUUUUAGAAGCCAAACCUACUGCAGAAUGGAAAAGUACGGAAGAGGCUGCAGAAGUCUGGAGAGCUGCUGAAAUGAAAUCUUCUGAAGCAGUUCCAAAACCAGAGGACACAAAAGAUCGGGGGACAAUGCUGGAACAUGAAGUGGCUGCAAUAGUACAGUAUUCAGAAGGGGAGCAGUGUCAGCAAAUGGAGGAUAUGAGCGUUCCUGAUCUGGCUCCAGAAUGUGAGAUAGUUGCUGAAAAGAAAGAUUCAGAGCAAGCUCUAGCGUUUGAGCCUUUCAUAGCACUAAGUGAUAAAGAGAUUGCAGCAGAAUCUGGAGUAACUUCAGGAGCAACUUUUAGUUCUUCGUAUGCUGAAAAUGUGAAAGAUUCAGCAGGGAUUCCUGAGUCUGAAGUAAUCGGGGAUGCAAAACACUUAGAAGCUCCUCCAAGUUGUGUAGCAGAAACAAAAGGUUUGGAAGCAGCUUAUGUUUCUGAGACUCUUGUAGAGCUGAAAGAUGCAGAAGCAGUUGAGGAGUCGGAGGCAGACACAAAAGAUUUGGAAGCAGCUCCAGUACCUGAGGCUGUUACAGAAGUAGUUCCAGUACUUGUGGAAGAGGCAAGCCAAUUGGAAGCAAUUUCUCAAGCAGAGGCUGACAAAGAAUUGGCUGCAGAAGAGGCAUCUGAGACAAGAGAUUCAGAAACAUCUGAUGUGCAGCCUGAUGUGGCAGCACGAAUGAGGGAGACUUUAAUGAGACUUGAGAAAGUUAUUGAAAAAAGCAGCCAUAGAAGCAGUGAAAAAAGUAAAAACGAUGCAAAGAAACAAAAAAGGAGUCGGUCUAAGUCCCAGUCCAGGUCUAGGAAACGGAAAAAAAAAUCAAGGUCACGUUCUACUUCCAGGCGUUUGACCUCUAAAAGAGCUCGGUCUAGGAGCAGAAACUAUUCAGAUUCCAGGAAAAAGCAUUCCAAAUCUAGAUCCCGGUCUGUGGAGAAGAGAGAGAGGAGAGUGUCUUCCCGAAGGUCCAGACGCAGACGUUCCAGGUCAUCUGACCGCUACCGGUCUAAGUCCAGGUCAGUGGAAAAGACCCGAAGGUCUGGACGUGGACGUUCCAGGUCAUCUGACCGCUACCGGUCUAAAUCCAGAUCUGUGGAAAAGAGAGAGAGCAGGUUAUCUUCCCGAAGAUCCAGGCGCAGACGUUCCAGGUCUUCUGACCGCUACAGAUCUAAGUCCAGAUCAGCAGAAAAGAGAGGGAGCAGACUGUCCUCCCGAAGGUCCAGACGUGGGCGUUCGAGGUCUUCUGAUCGCUACAGAUCUAAGUCCAGGUCAGUGGAAAAGACCAGAAGGUCUGGGCGCAGGCGUUCCAGGUCAUCUGAUCGCUACAGGUCUAAGUCCAGGUCAGUGGAAAAGACCAGAAGGUCUGGACGCAGACGUUCCAGAUCAUCUGAUCGCUACCGAUCUAAGUCCAGGUCAGUGGAAAAGACCCGAAGGUCUGGACGCAGACGUUCCAGGUCUUCUGACCGCUACAGGUCGAAAUCGCCAUCAGUGGAAAAGAGAGGAAGCAGGUUGUCCUCCUGGAGAUCCCGGCGCAGACGUUCCAGGUCCUCUGACCGUUCUAAGUCUAGAUCCAGGUCAUCAGAAAAGAGAGGGGGCAAAGAGUAUUCAUGGAGGUUCAGACAUAGAGGAUCUGGUUCCUCUGAUCGUUCAAAAUCUAGGUCUAGAUCUGUAGAGAAGAGGGGUCGGAAGGCAUCUCUGCGGAGAUCUAAACGUCGGCGCUCCAAGUCCUCUGAUCAUUACAAAUCUAGGUCCAGAUCAGUAGAAAAAAGAGAUCGAAAGCAGUCAUCUCGGAAAUCUAAACGUCAGCGCUCAAAGUCAUCCGACCGUUACAAAUCUAGAUCCAAGUCAGUGGAAAAAAAGAAAGAGUCUUCACGAAAAUCUAAGCGUCGUCGCUCAAAGUCUUCUGAACGUUACAAGUCUAGGUCUAGGUCUGUAGAAAAAAAACGCAAAGAAUCUUCAAAGAAGUCCAAACGGAAGCGUUCAAAAUCCUCUGACAGUCUUAAAUCAAGGUCAAAAUCUGUAGAAAAAAGAGCAAGUAAGUUAGCCUCAGCAAAGUGCAGUACAAAGCAUGUGGACUCAUCCGAACAAGAAAAAGUAGAUGGUCCUGAACCUGUCACAGCUGAAAUCAGCUCCUCCAAAUCCUCUAAUGGUCCCAUGUCAGAGGCUUUGUCUCUUGAAGGAGUAAAUGGCCCAGAGCUGCCACCACCAUCUGGAAGUGGAUUUUCCGAAACUGUUGAGAGUCUUGAGACAAGCUCAUCAGUUGAAAAAACGGAUGGUCCACAGCCUUCAGUGAUAUCGGAACUUGAUAGCUCCAAAACCUCAGAUGGUCAAGAUCAGUGUUCCAUGCCUGUGGAGAAAACACAGGUUUCUGUGACCUCUGAAAAUGGGUCGACCUCACUUUAUGACUCUGACUUAGGAUCCAUGCCAGCAGAAAAAACUGCACCUCUGGAAUCUUCAUCACCACCUGAACUUACAGUCUCAGCAUCUGGUUCAGCGUCCUCAUUUGUUGAAAAGAGGGAUCCAGAGACAACUUCAGUAACAGAAUCUCAUCUCUCCACAUCCCAUCAAGAUGAGUCAAGAUCUACAUCCGUCAAAGAAAUAGAGGGUCCGGAGCCUCUUUUGACAAAUGAAAGUGGAUGCUCUGUGUCUGCUGAUGAUUAUAAAUCAAUAUCCACAUCCUCUGGAAACACGGAGAUUCAAGGAUUUUCACUGAUGCCUGGAAGUGUACUUUCUGAUGGUCAUGAAUUGAGACGCAUCCCUGUUGAAAAUGCAGAGCCCCAGAAGUUUUUGCAAGUGCCUCAAAGUGGGUCUUCUGAGUUGGCUGUCAGCACUGAGUCAAGGUCACUGUCUUUUGAAACAGCAGAAGUUCAAAAACCUUUUUUAGCACCUGAAGCUACAAACUCUGAGUUUCCUGUUGUCCAUGAGUCAGUCUCCUUACCAGUUGCACAGGGCCAGAUGGAGGUGCCUUCUCUGGCUUCUGAUAGUGUGUGCUUCAGGACUCUUGACAGACAUGAAUUGGGAUCCAGCUUUGGUACACAAAUAGGGGAGCUUCCACCGAUGUCUGAUGAUGCGUCCUUACAGUCACCUGUUGGAAAAGUAAAGGCUCCCAGUGCUUCCCUGACAUCUGAGUGUGGUCCUGUUGAGAUCACAUUUGACCACAUUUCAACUUCCUCUUCUGCAAAAAUACAGGAAGUUUUUCUGACUGCGGUAGGACAAAGCUGCAAAUCUUCUGAAGCUCAUGAGUCCAGUUCAUCUGACAAAGAUUUAGAUGGUUCAGCAUCUUCACAAGUACUUGGAGUCAGCUGCUUUGAAUCUUCUGAAAUGCACAAAUCAAGACAUCUCCCUGCUGGAAAAACAGAGGUUACAGAAUCAGCUUUGUCUAAAAGUGGAAUUCCUUUGUGCCAUGAUGGCCAUGAGUCAAAAUACAGUUACUUUGAGAAAACAAAAGGUGCAGAGCUGUCACUGGGAUCAGAGUUUAGGUGUUCUGUGUUUUCGGAAGGCCAUGAAUUGAAACCCAAUGCACCUGAAAGACUGGAGUCACAGAUGCCUCCUCACCCAUUGAAAAGUGGAUUGUCAGAGUCUUCUGAUAUUGCAGAACUGGUAAGCACACCUGCUGAAAAACUAGAGGCCACGGUGCCUUGUCUGACAUCUGAAGGUGGGCUUUACACACAGCCUGAUAGUCAUGAAUUGAGAACUACUCAGACUGAAAAUGUAGAAGUGCAGAAGUCAUCUUUGCCCUCUGAGCAGAAAUGCAUUGCAUCCCCUGAUGAACACCACUUGAGAUCUUCCUCUGGUGAAGAAAUACAGGUGCAGGAAGAGCAGCCUCUGAUAGUAGAAAGUAGAUGUUCUGUUUCCUCUGAUGAUCAUGAGUUGACACCCACUCCUUUCAAGAAAGUUGAUGUAGAGGAUUGUUCACAGAUGCCUGGAGAUGAAUACGCAGUGGGCCUUCCUGGUCCAGAGUUGACGUCCACCCCUGCUGAAAAAACAGAGGUACAGGAACUUUAUCUGAUUCCCAAAGAAAGAUGUUCAGUGUCUGUUGAGAGCCAGGAGUUGCUGUCACCUGCGUUUGGAAAGACUGAAGUGCAAGAGCCUGUUCUAACAUCUGAAAAUGAAUAUACUAUAUCCUGGAAGUGCCAGGAGUUGAGAGCUAGCUCUCCGGAGAAGGUAGAGGUGCAAGAACCUUCUGUAGUACCUGACAAUGAAUAUGCUGCAUACUCUGGAGAGCAGCAAUCACAAACUUUGCCUGCUGGAAAAAGAGAGGAACAGGUCCAUUCUUCGCUGUCUGAAAAUGAAUAUGCUGUAUCUCCUGAGGGCCAGGAUAUGACAGCCAUUCCUGGUGAAGAGGUGCAGGAGCUUCCUGUAAUAUCAAGUAGUGAAUAUGUUGCAGUCCCCAGAGGGCAGGAGUUGUCAUCUCCUCGUGCUGAAAAAACAGAAGUGCAGGAGUGUUCUAUGCUCUCUGAAAAUGAGUAUGAUGUAUCUCCUGAAGGCCGCGAUUUGAGAUCCAGUCCUGUUGAAAAAGAGGAGAUGAAGGAACCUUCUGAAACAUCUGACAGUGAAAGUUCAAUGUCCACUGAUGGCCAGGAGUUGCAGUCUACUGCUGUUGGAAAAACAGAGGUGCAGGAGUUGUCUCUGAUGUCUGAAGGUGAAUGUGCCAUGUCCCCUGAAGUUCAGGAGCUGCAUUCUAGCCCUGCUGAAAAAGUAGAGGGUGAGGAACCUUCUCUGACAUAUGAGAACGAACACGCAGUGUCUCUUGAAGGGUAUGAAUCAAGAUCAACUCAUGGUGAUAAAACAGAAGAUAUGGAUUCUUCUUUGACAUCUGAACGUGACCAUUACUUGUCUUUCGAGAGCCAGGAGGUAAGAUUCACCACUGUUCAAAAAGCAGAUGUUCAAGAGCUUUCUCCAACAUCUGAAAGUGAACAUACAGCAUCCCCUGACAGUCAGGAGUUGAGAUUCCUUGCUUCUGGACAAGUAGGUGAUUCUGAACCGUUAACGUUAAAUGAUAGAGGCUCCAUGUCCCCAGAUGUCAGUGACUUGAAAUCCAUCCCUGCUGAAAAAAUGGAUGAUGCAAUGCCUUUAGUGCCUGAAAGCGGAUGCUCCAUGUCCCCUGGCGGCAACAGUGUGAAAUCUGUUCCUGAUGAAGAGACUCUGACCUCUGAAUGUCGACGUUCCAUGUCCCCAUAUCCUGAGAGCCAUGAACUGAAAUCCCCCAUGGAGGAAGAUGGUCUGGAGUCCUCUGUUACUUUUGAACGUAGACGAUCUGUUACUCCUGAGGGACACGAUGAGAAAUCUGUCAUAGAUGAGGAAAUGGAGGAUCGGGAGCCCUCUUUGACAUCUGAACAUAGGCGUUCCACGUCCCCUGAUGAGCAAGAGUCAAGAUCUAGUGUUGGUGAAGAGGCAGAGUAUUCGGAACAGCCUUUGACAGUGGAACGUAGAUCCUCCAUUUCUUCUGAUGAGCAUGAUUCAAGGUCUACUGCUGGAGACGAAGUAGAGGAUGUGGAACCCUCCUUGACAGGGAAACGAAGAGACUCCACAUCCUCUGAUGAGCAUGAGUCAAGGUCCACCACUGGUGAAGAAGCAGAGGACCAUGAGACCUCCUUGACUGCUGAACGUAGAGACUCUGUGUCCUCUGAUGAACAUGACUCUAGGUCUACUGCUGGCGAAGAAGUAGAGGAUUUGGAGCCUUUAGCAACUGAGCAUAGACGUUCUGUGUCUCCUGAUGGGCGUGAGUCAAGGUCAACCACCGGUGAAGAAGCAGAAGACCGAGAGCCCUCCUUGUCAGCUGAGCGUAGACACUCCACAUCUUCAGAUGAACGUGAAUCGAGGUCUACCACUGGUGAAGAUGUGGAGGAUGUGGAACCCUCCUUGGCAGCUGAACGAAGAGACUCCACAUCCUCUGAUGAGCAAGAUUCAAGAUCUACCACUGGUGAAGAAGCAGAGGAUAUGGAGCUGUCUUUGACAACUGAACACAGACAUUCCACAUCCCCUGAUGGGCGUGAAUCGAGGUCUACUACUGGUGAAGAAGGAGAAGAUGUGGAACCUUCCUUGACAGCCGAACGAAGAGAUUCGACAUCAUCAGAUGACCACGAGUCAAGGUCUACCACUGGUGAAGAAGUUGAGGAUAUGGAGCCCUCUUUGGCUCUUGAAGAUAAACAUGAGGGGUCACCUUGCAUACCUCUUGAGAAGUCAGAGGGACAGGACUCCUCUUUUAUGACUGAAAGUAGGCGAUCUGAAUCUUCUGAACGUGAGAAAUCUAGAUCUGAAUCUGCUGAAAAAAUGUCUGACAGAGAGUCUUCACAAAGAUCUAGAAGUAGACACUCAAAAUCUCCUACUCGCCAAAUGAGUCGAUCCCCAUCUGUUGACAAAGUAGCAGACAAAGAGUCUUCACGGAGGUCUAGACAUAGACGCUCCAGGUCCACGUCUGUUGAAAAAGCAGCAGACAAAGAGUCUUCACGAAGAUCUAGACAUAGACGCUCCAGGUCCACUGCUCGACAAAUGAGUCGGUCGGCAUCUGUUGAGAAAACAGCAGACAAGGAGUCUUCACGGAGAUCUAGACGUAGACGUUCCAGAUCCACUGCUCGCCAAAGGAGUCGAUCAAAAUCUGUUGAAAAAACAGCAGACAAAGAGUCUUCGCGGAGAUCUAGAAGCAGACGCUCCAGGUCUUCUCAGCGCAGAUCCCAGAGAUAUGAUACAGAAUCUCGCUCUAGGCGGAACCGCUCCAGAUCAGUAACGCGUAGAAGAGCAUCAAGAUCAAAAUCUAAUCGUCGUUCUCGAUCUAGCUCAUUGUCACGUUCAAGGCACAGAAGAAGAAGUAGAUCGAGGUCAGCAUCAAGAAGGCGGCGUUCUUUAUCGAGAGACAGGCGCAGAAGAUCUCAGAGAAAUAGAUCAAGAUCUGCUGAUAGAAGAAGGAGAAGAUCAGAUUCAAGAGAUCGUAGGAUAUCACUGAGAUUACGGAGCAGGAGUCGAACACCUCUUCGCCAAAGGCGAUCGAGGUCAAGAGGAAGAAGACGGAGCUCUAGUAGGUCACCAAUUCGACUGCGGCGAUCACGGUCUUCAGGGAGAAGAAGAGGUUACAGCAGAUCACCUGAUCGUCGUAGGUCCAGAUCAUCAGAAAGAUUUUCAAGCAGGUCACCGAAACGCCUUACAGACUUGGACAAGGCCCAGCUGCUUGAAAUAGCCAAAGCUAAUGCAGCUGCCAUGUGUGCGAAGUCAGGCGUUCCUUUACCACCAAGCUUGAUGCCUAUGUUAUCUCAAAAGAAAGAUGACAAAGCCAGUCAGAAGUCGUCAAGAGAUACACUAAAGGAGCUUACUGAGAAAUGCAAGAAGAUUGCUCAAAGCACAGAUGACGUGAUAGUGAAUAAACCUCAUGUUUCUGAUGAAGAGGAGGAAGAACGUCCUUUCUAUAAUCACCCCUUUAAGCUCAAUGAACCCAAACCUAUUUUUUUCAAUUUAAGUACUCCCAGCAUAAAACCAGCACCACCACCACAGCCAAAAAAUCAGGUCAGCCUGUCAAAGGAAUUUCCUGUUUCAUCUGGGUCUCAGCAUAGGAAAAAAGAAGCAGAUAGUGUCUACGGAGAAUGGGUUCCGGUUGAAAAAGGCAAAGAAGAUAGCAAGGAUGAUGUUUUCCCUAAACCGUCCAUUGAGGGUGUGGACAUAACUGCAGCUAUGAACGAUCGAGCAUUGGCUCAGAAAAGGCUUAAUGAAAACACGUUUGAUUUAGAGGCCAUGUGCAUGUUAAAUCGCGCACAGGAACAGAUUGAUGCCUGGGCUCAAUCAAACUCCAUACCUGGCCAGUUCACAGGAAGUACUGGAGCACAGAUUUUGUCUUCGGAUGAGCUAACCAACAGUGGUCCUCAAGCGUGGAUUAGAAAGGAUCAGUUCUUAAGAGCAGCCCCUGUCACUGGAGGAAUGGGAGCUCAACUGAUGAGAAAAAUGGGCUGGAGAGAAGGAGAAGGGCUUGGAAAAAACAAAGAAGGCAGUGUCGAGCCUAUUAUGGUUGAUUUUAAGACCGAUCGAAAAGGGCUUGUUGCUGUGGGAGAGAAGGCACAAAAGAGAUCUGGUCAUUAUGUUGUGAUGAAGGAUCUUUCAGGCAAACAUCCAGUUUCUGCAUUGAUGGAGAUCUGUAACAAAAGAAGAUGGUCACCACCUGAAUUUGUGUUGGUGGAUGAUAGUGGGCCUGAUCAUCGCAAACACUUCAUCUUUAAGGUGAGAGUCAAUGGAAAUGAAUACAGGCCUACUUUUGCCAGCCUUAAUAAGAAGCAUGCUAAAGCCACAGCAGCAACUGCGGCUCUCCAAGCGAUGGGACUUGUACCAAAGGAAAGCAUGGUCAAUACCACCAUGUUUAGGAGUGCCUCACACCGCUAGAUAUUGUUUUUUAUAUUGACAUUAUUUCAGAUAAUUUUACUCUGCACAAAAAUGGUAUUUGCCCUUUCAUGUUGUAAAUACAUUGGCAAUUCCCACAUUGUAAAAACUGUACAGACACCUUCAGGUUUUUUCUUUUGUACCAUCAAAAUGUAUUUAAAUCAUACUUAGUUUUUGGUAUGUUUAUAUUGUUUACAUUAGUGAUGUAAUUAUUUCUUAAAUGACUAAAUCAGACGACAGACUCUGGAGGCAUCAGUAAUCUAAACCCUUGUUUUAAAACUCAUGCGAUUUCUCCUCAAUAUGGAAUGUUAACACUUUCAUACUGUUUUGUACUAUGCUGCAGUUUUCCCUGGUCUCGGUAAAGCUACUCUCGCACUUUUGCCUACAGCUGGUAAAAGGCCACGCAGCUUACCUUAGUCUAGUCGAGGCUGGCGUGUACUGCUGGGCAGAUACUGGGCCAGUACUGUGACCCCUGCGAGAGCGAGCGGUGGUAGUAGCCCUGUUGUACAGUGCUAACGCCGCCGCUUCUCUUGGAGUUUUCUUUGGGGUUUAACUCGGUGGUGCACCGCAGCUGGCCAUGCAGCCCAUACUCUAGGACAUACGCGAUGAGGCAAAAGUCUUGCUUUAAAAGGGACGGCAGAAAGUCCAGCAAUGGAACCGGCGAGACUUUGCGAUGUAAAAGUGACUCUCCCUGCAUGUUCUGAGAAGGGAGACGAUGGAGUCGUCUAUUCCAAACAAAUUAACACACUGCCUGAUGUUGAUUGUAUGGAUUUGUGGUUAAUGUGAAUUUUAAAGUCUAACAAAUCUACAACUGGAUUGGGGGGGAGGGAGGGAAUAGAAUGAUGCUUAAAUUGUUGUACCCAACUUGGUCAAUAAAGCAGCACAAGUUCAUAAUCUUAAUCACUGGUCAGUAAGCAGUAAUUAAAAUCUAUGCCAAAAGAGCUUUUUGAAGAAACGCACAGUGUAAACGUAUCACUUAAGAAGAGUAGCAACAGCCGUUAGAGUUGCGGAAUCUGUUCCAGUCAAUUUCACUUGCUUUAGACUAUUACCAAAUUAACUCCUUGGGCUUGCAUUUUCUGUAAUGGUACUCUGCCCUCAAGGAGACAACCUGAUCCAGAGUUACGGCAGUUUGAUAAGGGAAAGGAUGUAGAAAGCUUUUCCUUUUAUUUUUUGUCUCUUAAUUUAAGAAGUAUUAGUACUUUAGCUAUGUGCACUUUGAAUUGGAAAGGGCAUUGUACACCUUUUGCCAGAUUCGUCUGUGUUUUGAGCAGACUGCCGGGAUUACGGCAGUAGUUCGCUACUGUAGUAGUUGAGGUGCUUCUUUCUGAAAAGUCUUUGAGGUUUUUUUUUUUUUUGUAUUACAUCAACUGACCAGAGCUUCAUCGGGAACAGGAACAAAUUACAAUUUGUAUGCAGUAAGACUGUGCUCAGGCCUAAAGUGAAUGACCUUUGCAACGGCAGUAGGAUCUUGGAGGUGACAAAUUAGAAGUAGCUCUUCUUCCGCAGAGUAAAUUAUUUGUGUGCUCUCUCAGCUGUUACUGAACGAGGUAUCUUCCUUUGCCCUCAGUGGACAGUUACCAGCAUCUCCUUUUGCAUACAGCAGAGAAAUGGUACUGGGUUCUCCACCACACACCCAAGAAAUGAACCCCUUUAUUAGUCUAUCAAAGGACUCUAGAAAUGACAAAGUUUUUUUUCUGUGGACGUAGUUGUCUCUAAUUAAAGUUUUUUCCCUUCGGCUUCUCACCUUCAGUCUCUGUGUAAAAUUGUUUGAAGAUCUCCUUACCUUGUUUUCUGAGCAAGCUGUAAGGUGUGUACUUGAAAGCUAAACAGAUGGUCCAGCGUUGAAAGACUGACUCUGGGAGAACUGGGGAUUCUAUCCAUCUUAGGCAAGUCCAGCUUUUUGAUGUCUGACUCAACGCAGUUAACUCAGGAUGUGGGAGGCAGCUCCUAUUCAGGCUUUUGUUUAAAUGUCUGCUCUGAUAACAGCUAAAACAUCAGCAGUGUUGCUCAUGCUGUUCCGUCCGUGGUGUCCAUAAAAGCACAGGUUUCGGAGCUGUUCAUCAUCAAAUCUGGAACGUAAUCCGUUGUACUUUGUUAAUUCUGUUCUUUCGGGGUUUAUAUUCUCCAUGUAUAUUGGAACAGAUUAAUUCAGUCCCAUAGAAGACUCCUUUUCGAAAGUAACUGUUCAGGCAAAUUCUGGAUUUCACGCCUUAAAGACGUGGUACUGUAUGUAGAUUUAACUUUUGAUUUUCAAUACUUAAAAAAAAUUAAUAUCUGUACUACUUCAAUUAUGGCACUUCUUGACUUUGAGGUUUCUGUUUUAGCUUCAUUCCUGUUGUUCAGAAUGAUAAAUGAAUUUAGUGCAGAGAUGUCCUUCUGUUCAGUUUGUAAAUUUGGUUGGAGUGUCCUUUGCAUGCAGGAAUAGACAAGUAGUCCUAUUAAAAAGAAUAACUAGGAAA